AUGAGUGUGUUCACGAACGAACCCGCCAUUAAUUGUACGUUCGAGUCUCUAAGCACAGACCAGCAGCAUGCUGCUAUCAACAAGUUCCUACAAGGGGAACUUGCCGUCGAAAGACAGAAGAUAGCUUUGCUACAGCAGCAAGGCUCUCAUCAGUCGAUGGGCUGGCUGAUGCACACGCGUCGACCCGAAACCUUGAAGAUUGGUAUAUCAAGGGCCCGUCACAUCGAGGGUGACGAGGUGCAAGUUACCUUCGCCCUGUCCAAUUUGACAGGACGAGCAAAGACUUGGGCCUUAGGGAUCAAGCUUCACGACCCAAACGUGUUUGAGUCGUUUGAGAUCUUGAAGUCUCGGCUUAAAGAGACGUUUGAGCCGCCGAGAUCCGAGUUCAGAAGACGCUCUGCACUCUUGAGGAUACAGCAAGGUAAGCGUGACUUUCACGCUUACGCACAACACAUACGCUACCUUGCUGGUAGUGUCACAAAAAACCCUUUUGAUGAGCACAAGCUCAUCAAUGUGUUCAUCUAUGGCCUUGUGGAUGGGCCGGUGAAGACCGACAUGCUCCUAGAGGCCUUCCAUACGCUGGAAAAGGCGAUUGCGUAUGCGGAACAAGAAAACUUUAGCCUGAGACAGUAUCAGGCUAACUCGUCAAACUAUCGUCCGACGAGACGACAGGAAACAGGAGGUCCCUAUUCAAUGGACCUUUGUAACAUCGAGAGCAAGAACAAUCGCUCACUGAGCCACAAGCGAACGGCAAGAUGCCAUCGCUAUCAGAAGAUUGGACACUACGCUCAUGAGUGUAGUGUCCCGAGCACUGCGACACGUCCAAAGACAGGACGUGAUGACCACCGUCGGCCAAGGAAAUGUCCAAGGCGUGUGUCCGACCAUGUCGUUAGCCGCGCCAAAAGGAAGGACCGUAAAAAACGGUCAGGGUCAGUAGGGGUGGAGCACUCUGUCGAUACAGCAACGUCAAGAAAAUUUGUAGGACUCUUGACGAAGAUUUCUCCCAACACGCAGUCGCUGUGUGCUGGGAACCCUUGUGAUGAGGUGUCCUUCAUCACUUUGAAGAUCGGAGUGACAAUUGGAAUGUCACUUCGCGCCCUAGUUGACUGUGGGGUGCCGACAGUUUUAUUCGACGCCAGCCGCUAA